AACGGGCAGAGCCUGGAGAAGGAGCUCUAUAAAUUUACCAUGGGGACAGAAUUACCCAAUGUCUUUGUGAAGGAAAAGCUCAUAGGAGAUUACACAAACGUUAUACAGUUAUCUAAGGAUGGGUUGUUCCAGAAAUUGUUAGAAGGCAAAGAUGAUAAACCGAAGGAAGUUGGCUACGAUUAUGACUUGAUUGUUAUAGGGGGAGGAUCGGGAGGUCUAGCAGCUUCUAAGGAGGCUGUACAGUAUGGGAAGAAAGUGCUUGUACUGGAUUAUGUCACCCCCUCACCUUUAGGGACCACAUGGGGGCUCGGAGGAACCUGUGUAAAUGUGGGCUGCAUACCCAAAAAAUUGAUGCACCAGGCAGCACUACUGAGGCAAGCUUUGAAAGAUUCCAGCAGAUAUGGAUGGCAGAUUGAAGAUAAUGUGCAACACAACUGGGACAUUAUGACAGAAUCAAUCCAGAAUUACAUUGGCUCUCUGAACUGGAACUACAGGGUGGCCCUGAUGGAAAAUAAAGUGAAAUAUGAUAAUGGCUAUGGAGAAUUUGUGGAGCCACACAAGAUAAAAUCAACUAAUUCGAAAGGAAAAGUGAAGUAUUUUACAGCAGAAAAAUUCCUCAUAGCUACUGGAGAAAGGCCACGUUACCUUGGUAUACCUGGUGAUAAGGAAUACUGCAUUACAAGUGACGACCUCUUCUCCCUGCCUUAUUGCCCUGGAAAGACUCUGGUGGUUGGUGCAUCCUACGUGGCACUAGAGUGUGCCGGCUUCCUGGCAGGACUGGGGCUAGAUGUUACUGUUAUGGUGCGCUCUAUUCUCUUGAGAGGUUUUGACCAACAAAUAGCUGAUAAGAUUGGUGAACACAUGGAGGAGCAUGGAGUGAAGUUUAUCAGACACUUUGUGCCAACAAAGAUAGAGCAGAUAGAAGAAGGAACACCGGGGAAAUUGAAAGUUACAUCUCAGUCGACUGACGGUACAGAGAUUACAGAGGAAUAUAACACCGUUUUACUAGCUAUUGGAAGAGAUGCAUGCACAAGAACGAUUGGCCUGGAUAUACCUGGAGUAAAGAUCAAUGAAAAAACAGGAAAAAUUCCAGUUAAUGAAGAAGAACAGACAAAUGUGCCUUACAUUUAUGCGAUUGGAGAUGUGCUGGAAGAUAAAUUAGAACUUACCCCAGUAGCUAUCCAGGCGGGUCGCUUAUUGGCCAGAAGACUAUAUGGAAACUCAACUCUAAAGUGUGACUAUAUAAAUGUUCCAACAACCGUAUUUACUCCUCUGGAAUAUGGUGCCUGCGGUUUGUCUGAGGAAAAUGCCAUAUUGAAGUAUGGGGAGGAAAAUAUAGAGGUUUACCACAGUUAUUUCUGGCCUUUGGAAUGGACCGUCCCCUCAAGAGACAACAACAAGUGUUAUGCAAAAGUCAUCUGCAACAUAAAAGACAAUGAAAGAGUGGUGGGUUUCCAUGUCCUUGCCCCUAAUGCUGGAGAAAUCACGCAAGGGUUUGCGGUUGCCAUAAAAUGUGGUCUCACCAAAGAACAAUUGGACUGUACAAUAGGAAUACAUCCCGUAUGUGCAGAGAUUUUCACCACCCUAAGUGUGACGAAGCGGUCUGGAGGAAACAUUCUGCAGUCUGGAUGCUGAGGUUAAACCCCGCUGUUUGUUGCUGUUGGCCAUUAUCUCACAAAGCAAGCGAGCUAAACUGCUAAUGCCAGAAGACAAUGCCAAGGGAAGAGAAUAAGGAGCAUCUACAUGACCGAAGAACAAGAAGCUCAUUAGCUUUGAGAAUGGCAGCGAACAAUACAGCUAGAUUACUGGAAGUAAACUACUGCAGUGCACCCUCUCAGUGCUUUUGUGAUGUCACAACCCAAAGCCAUAAUUGGUGGGUUUUGACUGAAGAACUGCAAGCUUGGUUUAUGGACGCUGGGGAAUAAGUCCCUAAAGUUUAAGUGGAAUGAAUAUAGACAACUCUUUUAAGGGCAAAAUGAGUUUAAAGGGUUUCAGAGUUGGCUAGGGAAUCUUGGGGUCCACCAGAGAAAAUUAUUCUUGAGGCGGAACCAAUAAAGUUUAACAGGUUUUAAAUCAAAUAAAUAGACUGUAGCGGCAAGUGGAUGACUCCAAAGGCUGCCAAAUGGGUUUGUACUCUGGGAUCAUUGGUGCCUAUUAUGAUAUCAGUGCCGAGGUCCACUGGAGGAUGCUGUGGUAGACUGGUGGGCCAGUCUGACCCUGAAGGGGUUGUCUGCUUUGGACAACUGGACAAUCCCUUAUUGUUUGAGCUGUGAUCCUCUGGGAAAUAAAAAGCAGCAAGUGAACAAUUCCUCUACAGGGCCAGGGCAAAAUAAUGCAUUACAUGGUGCCCUUUGAAAUCAUAGGGCUGGCUGUUUAAUGCACGGAUAUGCCAGGUCCAAGAUGUUCUUUGUAGAUGCCUUCCACUCAGUCUACCUGAUAUUAGUCCCAUACAAGAAACCCCAUUCCAUUAACUCAUAAUGCCCACGUAGAGUACUGUAUUUGAAAAUGGGUUUUCUAAAUCAGGGAAUAUAACCCUUUAACUUAUAGUCUAUGUGAUAUGAACACUAGGUUGAUGCUACACUGUGAUACAUUUUUUGGCUUCUAUGUUUCCACUUUAAGUUAUUAUUUUUCUAUUGGUAAUAUUAGAAGUUGUAUGAGAUAAAUUGCUAUCUGCUAAUUCAAUUUUUCCCAAAGUUGCAGCAGGCUGUGUGGGCAGAUGACAGUUCUUUUGUAUCAUAAAGUCACGGAUGUAGCUGUCUCUAAUGCAAAGUAUUAAAAAAUGACUAAAUUAGAUGAUUUUGUACAAUGCAAUGUAUCAAUGACAUAUGCUUACAGUAUAUACCUCUGUGCAGUAAAUUACAUCUUUUGCUGAACUACACAGGAGACAUUUAUGUAAGCUAAUGCAAAAGUUGCUGCACUCAAUGCAUUGUACUAGAGAUUUGUAUAUAUGUUGUAAAUUGUAUUAUCCAACUACAGAUAUGUCAACUGCACGUGUGGUGCACUAAGUUAUUUUUGUGUAGUUCUUGUAUUUGUUACUAUUUUGUAUAUUGAUAUACAUUCAUGCUGUGAAAAGGCCAUAGGAAAUUUUAUUGCUUCAAAAAUAUUAUUUAUUGAGGGGUUUAUUAAAAUUUAUGAACCCAGUGACCAAAAAAAUGAAGAGAUGAAAGGACUGUUGCUUCUGAUCGUAAUGUAAAUGCAGCACAGCUAGACAGUGGGCACAUGUCCAAUAGCCAAGAGCUGAUAUUAAGAGUGCUAGAAGUUACAGAACAUUUGCACAUAUCUCACUAUUAUUGUAACCACCCCUAUUCACUCAAUUAUGUUGUGUGUUUUAUGUCUUUAUUAACACAUGAAUAUUUCUAAAU